CUAAUUCUCGCAUGCGAUAAAAGUCAUAGAUUUUAUCGAAGGCGACUAAUUUUAAUCGCAUGCGACUUAAAAUUGGUAUUCUUGAACUAAUUCGAUAUGAUUUUAUCACUUGUCGAAUGCGAUUAAGUAUUCCGAAUGAACCACUGUGGUAACAACACAAAACCCUGAUUUUAACCUCAAACAAAUCGAAAAUUAUAUAAAUUAUUAUUUUGUUCCUUUAUCACUGAAUGUUAUCAACAAUAAAUUUAUUUAAUUAAAAUUUAAAUCAAUAGUUCUUGUACUUCCUAUUUGAUGAUUUCAAGCCUGCGAUACUACAGACGUGUGGAUUGUGGACUGUUGUUUGAAUUGACUGAAUUGUUAUAUUAUACUAGUGAAUUAUGAGUGGCACAAAAGCUAGACCUACCAAGGCACAAAUGAAAUUACUUGUAGAGUUACUUUCUGUAGACCCACAAUUAAAUGCUGCAAAGUUCAGUGCUAACUUUACCCAUAACAUAGCAAGAGGUAGAUGGGAAAACAUUGCUUUACAAUUGAAUGCGUUGCCCGGCGCCGAAAAGAAUUGGGAAAAAUGGAAAAAGGCAUGGCAAGAUACAAAAGUAACUGCUAAAAAUAAAGCAUCAGCCAUAAAACGGCACAGAAAUGGUACAGGGGGUGGACCACCGUGCAAUAUAACCAUGUCUGAGGCACAGACAGAUGCAAUGUCACUAAUAAGUAAUAUUGCAAUAAGUGGCCAUACAGAUUCAAAAGAAUCAAUUUGUGAAUUGGACUUUGAUACUUCUGUGAUACAAGGCCCUUGUAAACUGGAUUUGGAAAAUAUGAUAGUAUGUAACAAUUCUGAGGGCUUUGGUAUUAUCCAAGAAAUUGAUACAUAUGAACUUCCUAAUUAUCUGCCAGUAGAAAACAACAGUAUUCAAAUGCCAACUACUAGUAUUAUCAAUGUAAACGUUCCGGAAGAAAUAAUUGAACAACCAACCACUUCCAAUUUAUCUUUCCAAUCCAUAAAAAGAAAAAAUAUUGAAAAAACGAAACCAGUUAAAAAACCAUCGAUUGCUGCAGGGUUACAUGACAGUAAUUUAGCAGCCAAAAAACUUGGAGACAUUGCAACCCAAAAACUUGAACUUAAAACUGCCUAUUAUGCAAAAAAAAUUCAAGUAAUGGAAGAGCAGGUAUCUGUGCUAAAAAAUAUAGGUACAAUGUUGUCUUCUUUUAUAAAUAAAUAAGUUGACCUAAAUAAAUUGACUGAAAUGUACUCAUAUUUAUCACAUUAUAUACUUGUUUUGUUUUUGUUGAAUAUUAAAAGUGAUAUAAUUAAUUUUUUUUAGUAACUGUUUCAUAAGACUGAAAUUUACCCAUAUUUAUUAUAUUAUAUACUUGUUUUUGUUGAAAAUUAUAAGUGAUGAAAUUAAUUUUUUAAUAAUUAAAUUGUUUCAUAAGACUGAAAUUAUCUUAUAAAAAUGUUUUAGUUAAAAAUGUUUAUUGUUCUAUGGAUUUAUAAAUAAAUAUACAUUUAUUUC